UUUUCAGGCGGAUCCUCUGUUGACGUCGCGGGUUGAUGACGUGCCCUGGCCAGCUGUCACGCUGCUGCGGCACCUCGCGUGUUCUCGUCCCGCAGAUUCCGCAGAAACAACACGAACCGUCCCUGAGACGCGUUUCUGUCCCGAGCUGAAGAUGUCUUGGCUGAAAGCCGCGUCCCUCAGCGCCGGGGACGUGUUCGAUGAAGAUGGAGACGAGCUGAAUCUCCAGAGUAAAGAGUGGAGCUCGAACAUGGAGAAGCGAGUGAAGGAUGGGUACGUGGACGGGCUCAAUGCCGGAGAGGAGGCGGCGCUUCAGCCCGGAUUCAACCAGGGGUUCCGGGAAGGAGCCGCUCGGACUGUGGCUGUGGGUCGACUCAAAGGGAUCGUCAGCGCUAUAUGGUGCUGGUGCCAGAUCGAGCAUCCGGAAACCCCCGUCCCGGCCCGCGUGACAGAGCUCCUGCAGCGGGUGUCGCAGCACGAAGACAAAAUCACAGACGGCAUCAGGAAGUCUCUGGAGAAUCCUCCGCCCAGCUUGAGCAGUGUCUCUGAGAGCAUGGAGGACCUGGAGGUGAAGCAGGCAGAUCCCAGCUGCUGUGGGGACGGGGCGUGCGGAGAGGAGACGGAGUGCUGCAGCCGAGGGGACAAAAAGGACCAGGACGUUCCUCAGCGGCCACAGAGGCUCUGCUCGGGGUCAGCUGACCGCUCGUCCUGCUCAGAUGAAGGUCUGAGCCUCCUCCUGCAGAGCUGCAUGGACGUAGUGUCGGAGCUGGAGCUGCCGGAGGAGCUGCUCAGUCACAUACAGGAGCUGAAGAACAUCUAGUGGCUGAAGAGCAAGGACCAAAAUCAAAGGAGGACAAUACUUGAACUAUAAACUUUGAUAAAGGUGUAAAUUUCUUACAAAGCAAUUGAAUUAUUUUGUUGUAUAUAAUGUAUAAUAGAUAUUUUCAUUCCAGUAUUUGCAGAAUGUUUGAAAAUAAAAAUGGAUUUGAUAUAAUGUA